UCACUAGCCAUAGGUCCAGUUGGAUACGGCUGCAAAACUGCGAGAGAGCAGCGAUUGAACGGAAUAGCAGAACAGCGCUAGCGGCGGCCAUUUUAUGACUGUCACGAUUGCCCAAAAUAUCUUCAGGAUUUUUUCUUGGGAGACAUAGCCUAUAUUUUAUUAUAGGCGACCAUAUAAGGUGGUUUUAUUUUCACGUGUUUUAAUUCGUAUUCGGGAUGCAGUUACGAAAGUACAAACAUUUUGCAUCCGUUGUCGGACUUGUUCUCGGAGUAUUAUGUGCGGUGGAGGCAGCUAAAGUAAAUAAGCAUAAACCAUGGAUUGAGACGACGUACCAUGGCAUUGUAACAGAAAAUGACGACAAAGUACUGCUGGACCCUCCACUGAUUGCCCUGGACAAAGAUGCUCCACUUCGUUACGCAGAAAGUUUUGAGGUGACCUUCACCAAAGAAGGUGAGAUUUGCGGCUUCAGGAUCCACGGACAGAAUGUCCCCUUUGAGGCGGUGGUCCUGGACAAGUCUACGGGCGAGGGAGUCAUUCGGGCCAAGGACAAGCUGGACUGUGAACUCCAAAAAGAGCACACCUUCACUAUCCAGGCGUAUGACUGUGGAGAGGGCCCAGAUGGAGAAAACAUGAAGAAAUCCCACAAGGCCACCGUCCACAUCCAAGUGAGCGACGUCAAUGAGUAUUCACCAGUGUUCAAGGAGAAGUCCUACAAAGCCACUGUCAUUGAGGGCAAGAAGUAUGACAGCAUCUUGAAGGUGGAGGCAGUGGAUGCUGACUGCUCGUUCCAGUUCAGCCAGAUCUGCAGCUAUGAGAUUGUCACACCAGAUGUGCCCUUCACAGUCGACAAGGACGGCUUUAUCAAGAACACAGAGAAGCUGAACUACAGCAAAGAGCGCAUGUACAAACUGACUGUGACCGCCUAUGACUGUGGGAAGAACCGUGCCUCAGAAGAUGUCCUAGUCAAGAUCAAUAUUAAGCCCACCUGCAAGCCUGGCUGGCAAGGCUUUAAUAAGAGGAUUGAGUAUGAACCUGGCACAGGAAGUCUGGCACUUUUCCCCAGCAUGCAUUUGGAUACCUGCGAGGAGCCAAUCACCUCCAUUCAGGCCAAUAUCGAGCUAGAGACCAGUCAUAUUGGAAAGGGCUGUGACCGAGAUACCUACUCUGAAAAGUCCUUGCAUAAGCUGUGUGGUGCCAGUACUGACACAGUGGAAUUACUGCCUGCGCCCAGCAGCUCUGCGAACUGGACAGUCGGUCUGCCUACAGAUAACGGGCAUGACAGUGACCAGGUGUUUGAGUUCAACGGCACUCAAGCCAUUAAGGUGCCCGAGGGUGUGGUGAGACUCACCUUGAAGGAGCCCUUCACCAUUUCUGUGUGGAUGAGGCAUGGCCCCGGGACCAGGGAGAAGGAAACCAUCCUCUGUAACUCGGACAAGUCAGAUAUGAACCGACACCACUACUCGCUCUACGUCCACAACUGUCGUCUCGUCCUGCUGCUGCGACAGGACCCUGAGGAGACAGACAACUAUAAACCAGCUGAGUUCCACUGGAAACUGGACCAGGUGUGUGACAAAGAGUGGCACCACUACUUGCUGAAUGUGGAGUUCCCCUCUGUGGCUCUCUUUGUGGACGGUGCCACCUUUGAGCCCUUCCUGGUCACGGAAGACUAUCCGCUGCACUCCACCAAGAUUGACACGCAGCUCACCGUCGGGGCCUGCUGGCAAGAAAACUCAGGACAUGACAAUGAGACAGUAUCUGAACCUUCCACAGGGGGUAAUUCCCGCAUGUCCCAGUUUUUCCAUGGGAAUCUGGCCGGCCUGAUGAUCCGCUCGGGAAAGCUGGAGAACAAGAAGGUCAUCGACUGCCUGUACACCUGCAAGGAAGGCCUGGAUGUGCAGCUACCAGAGGAGGUAGCCUCAACUGUCAAGGUGGAGUUCAACCCCAACCAGUCAUCACUUACUGUGGAAGGUGAUGACAUUGAGGCUUUCGACAAGGUCAUGCAGCACAUCUCUUACCUGAACUCACGCCAGUUCCCCACCCCUGGCAUUCGACACCUCCGCGUCUCCACCACUGUCAAGUGUUUCAAUGAAGAGACCUGCAUCUCGGUGCCAGACGCAGAGGGAUACGUGAUGGUGCUGCAGCCUGAGGAGCCCAAGAUCAGCCUUAGUGGCAUUGAUCACUUUGCCCGUGGCGCUGCCGAGUUCGAGAGCCCUGAGGGUGUGACACUCUUCCCUGAACUACGCAUCGUUAGCACCAUCACCCGGGAGGUUGAGGUUGAUGCAGAGCCCGAGGCCUCAGAGGGUGCAGAGGAUGACCCCACAGUUCAAGAGACGGUGGUGUCCGAGGAGAUCAUGCACAACUUGGACACAUGUGAGGUGACGGCGAUGGGCGAGGAGCUUGAUGGAGAGCACGAGACCUUGGAGUUGGACCAGUCCCAAGUCCAACAGCAUGGCCUGGAGAUUACCUCCUCCAACCUGGGCCUAGUCCUGACAGGCGUCAACACAAUGGCCAACUAUGAGCAGGUCUUGCACCUGAUUCGUUAUAAGAACUGGCACACGGAGGCACUAUUUGACAGGAAGUUCAAACUGGUCUGCUCAGAACUCAACGGCCGGUACAUCAGCAACGACUUCCGGGUUGAGGUCAACGUGAUCCAUACUGCAAAUCCCAUGGACCAUGCUAACAAUGCAAUGGUGCAGCCUAACUUCAUUAACCCAGUGCACCACGCCUCUGUGGACCUGUCUGGACACAACCUAGUCAAUGCUCAUCAGGCCUCAGUGGUCCCCAGUGCUGCCACCAUUGUCAUUGUGGUUUGUGUCAGCUUCCUGGUGUUCAUGAUCAUCCUGGGGGUGUUCCGUAUCCGAUCGGCUCACCAGCGCACCAUCAGGGAUACAGAGGGUGGCAAGGAGAAUGAGAUGGACUGGGACGACUCUGCCCUCACCAUAACCGUCAACCCCAUGGAGACUUAUGAGGACCAGCACAGCAGUGAGGAGGAGGAGGAAGAGGAGGAGGAAAGUGAGGAUGGCGAGGAAGAAGACGAUAUCACAAGCGCAGAGUCAGAGAGCAGUGAGGAUGAAGAGGCUGGAGAGCCAGAAGACCAGCAGGGCACCAGCCGACAGCAGCAGCUGGAGUGGGAUGACUCCACACUUACUUACUAACAGACACUCACACAAACACAUGCACUUACACAUGCACAUACGUAUGCACUUACACACUCACUCAUUAAUGUACACACGUACCCACAAAUACACACUUCUAACAUUCACUUGCACACACAGGCAUACACACACUUCUCAGACAAUUGUAUAUGUACACAUGCAAAUACAAACAACUCACCCACAAAAGUCAUUCUCACUACCCCUCCUGACCAGUGGGGGCACACCCAUACACAUUUCUUACCAAGGAGCCAUGAUGUAAACAUAAAACUUCCUUAAAAGCUAUUCGUAUUUGGUCAAGGUUUCCUUGUCAUCAUGUUAGUGGUGGUAGUAUAGUCAUCACUGGAUCUUUGAGUUCUUACUUUUUUUAAUUUAUUAUGUUUUAAUAACUUGGCCUACCUUUGCAUUUUGGUUUGAGCUACCGUGAGGAAACAACCUUGCACUUUAGAUUUGAUUUUUUUAGACUUUCAACAUUGGUGAAAGGGUUUUUUAUGUAUAUUCCUUGCACAUCUGUUUUAGAUCUGUUUGCCACUAAACGAGAGUAGCUUUGACUUUCUGUUAUUUUUUUUGUGUGCUUGAGUUGUAGUUUUGGGGAGUGAAACAAUAUGAUGCUUCAGAGGUAGUACAUUUUCAUUUUGAUCCUUUUAGUGCAUGAGAAUAUUUGAAGAAGUCAUAUGUGUAGAUUAAUAAACUGCUUUUUAAUAUUUUGUAAAUAUCAAGAAACAAUGUAAUUAGUCAAUGUGUUAGUGAAGGCCUAAACAAACGGGUCCAGUAUCUAUAAAGGCGCAGUACGUCGUGUAGAAUAUUUGUGUCACAAAGGCUAUAAUAGCAUGUUGCAAUUUUUUUGGGGCAAAGCUCUUCUGUCAUACUUGUAUAAAAACUCCAUUUCAAGAAGAGACACCCAGAACUGUACACAAGAUGUUUCUAUGCUUAAGUGUUGCUCAUUUUGUCUAUUCUUUUGCAAAAGGGUUCUUAUUUCUUUGCUUAGUGGGAGCAUGACUGUUUCUUUUUUAUUGCUUUCUGCUCCUCACAUGAUAGACUUUGCUUGACUUGCACUGGUGGCAAUGCUAUAAUCAAGGCAACAAUGUAUUUCAUUCUGGUCUGUUAUUGUACAGAGCAUUCAAUAAACCAUAGGCCGAUGCAAUUGACAGUACUAAGAGAAAAGCCAGCUUCUGCAUUGAGUGAUGGUACUAAUAUUUUGCUGCCAUAUUUGGCCCACAGUGAACUACGUCUUAUAUUCAGUGUGAAAAAUCCCUGUCAUAUUUCAGUCCUGCUGUGACAAAAAAUCCUCAAACAGAAAAACUACAAGGUACAGACAGAGCUGAUGCGUCUCCUCUGUUGUGAAUAAUAACUAAAUAAUAAUUGCAAUUGAAUAUGUGAAUAACUGAAUAACUAAACUUGUUCUUGUUUUAAUCUUUAACAUUUUUUAAUCUCAUACUUUUUUUUUCAGCGAUAGACUGCAACAUUUUAUUGUACAUGGAACUGUACUGUAGAGUUGUUCAAGCAUAUUUGUUUACAUUUGGUAAACUUGUUUUCCCGCUGGUAUUAGUAACAAAUCUAUACAAUAAAUUGGAAAAGAAUGUGUCAGAUGUUAACCUGUGUAUCUCAUUUUAGAAACGUGAAAAGUCAAGAAAAAAUUCAAGUUGAGGCAUUACAAAGCUGGAAAACUGUUGAAAAGGUUUAUUAAGGCGGUAUUACAAUUUGCAUGUUAAAUCUGUAUUUAGAGCCCAAAUCCAAAUAGCUUAAGUUACACUGGUACAAUGUUAUGGUUUGCGAAUUUCAUUAUUAUUUUCAGGUAACUUUUGAGGGUUUGAGCAAAACCAUAUAUCUGGGGUUGCUCAAUGGCAUUUCUCUUUAGUACAAUGUAUUUAUUAUUUUUGGUCCAACAGUCAAAAUGUGGUGAACGGUUUCCCCUUCAAAAUGAUUAGGGCCCAAUAAGGAGGCCAGUGUCAAACUGGCCUAUGUUGGGAGUGCCUUUUGCAGAUCACAGCACACUAACACAACUAACAAAACACUCAUUGAUGCUCUUUUAGUUGUAGCAACUUUAUUACAUUUGAACUAUUAAUGCUAGAUUGCUUACAGAGCUUGGGAAAGUGAUUUUAUGUCAUUAUGUAUGUCCACUGCUAGAAUUAUUUUAAGUGAAAGUUUUACAUCGGUGUUGUGUCCAUUUCAAUGUGUAGCAAAAGUAGGUCCAUAUUCUAUCUUAAAUAUUGUACUAAAUAAUUUUAAGUGAAUCCACUUAAAGGUGUACAUUUAAAACGCUUUAGGCAGCAUAUGUGGGUAAUAAGUCACCUGUUUGUGUAUAGUGAACAAAACUUUUCAACAGCAACAGGCAGCAUGAAAUUCACCAGAAACAGAGUAUAAUAUUUUCCCC